AGACGUCGGGCCAGUCGCGAGUCGUCUGCCGUGGCGUGUGGCGUGUCGUCGCGCGUGAGACGACUUCGGCGAAGACCUGGUGAAAAUACACGCACGCGGAAAACUCCGUACGCGGCUACGCGAACUCCCCUUUCGUUCAAACCCCCAGUUCGGUCCCAGGUAAAUCCGUGCUCCGAUCGUCGACGGCGAAUCGCCGCGACCGCAGGCCGCUGUGACGUGCGGACUCCCGCAGGAGAUCCGACCAGCGAGGGACCGACGGGCGCAGUCGAAGAUGUGCGGCGGGUUUACGUGCUCGAAAAACGCGCUGACAGCACUCAACAUCCUUUACAUCGUUGUUGCCUUCAUAUUGAUAGGAGUCGCCGUAUAUGGAAGGGCAUCCGCCUUAGUUACAAAUCUCCCCAUUAUAGGUGGUAUUCUAGCAUGCGGGGUGAUCCUGUUUCUCAUUUCCAUCCUAGGCCUGAUCGGCGCCGUUAAACAUCACCAGGUUUUAUUGUUCUUUUACAUGCUUAUCUUAUUCCUUUUGUUCCUGAUUCAAUUCAGCAUUGCCUGCGCUUGCCUCGCUGUCAAUACGAAACAGCAAGAACAACUUGCGGAACAGGGCUGGAGAAGCGUUGGACAUGACUUAAGAGCAAAAGUUCAAACUACCUUUAACUGCUGCGGAUUUAAUAGCACCACUGAUGAAUCAGGUGGAUCUUGCGACGACAAGAUUUGUUGUCAGUCAAUCGAUGUCACUCAAAUGUCUUGUCCACCUUGUCCAACAUGUAUGCAUAAACUGCAGUCUACCAUUGACUAUGCGUUCAAAUUAUGCGGCAGUAUAGGAUUAUUCUUUAGCUUUACGGAGGUGAUCGCAGCUUUCUUGGCAAGGCGUUACCGUAAUCAAUUAGAUCCAGAGGAAAAAGCUGCGAGAGCCGUUUUUCCACAGCAUAAUUAUUUAUAUUGAUUCGGCGAUACAUUCAAAAAAGAAUCAACUUUUCCUUUUAUUCGUAUUACAUGUAGUUCAUGAUACUUUUAUCGACAUGAAAAGGACAAACAUCUGAAAUUAAUUUUAUUUUUGAUUGCCCGGGAUAUAUUGUUACGCAACAUUUUCCAAGGGCUAUUUUAAAUUUAAUUUAAACUUUUUCUUUUAAUGCUUUAACUCUUUUAAUUAUACAUACGUAAUGCUCAAUAGAGACAGAAGUUAGUACAUUCUUUAACUGGGCAGUCAUAGGUUUUAGAAUGAGUUAGACGAAUAAUUGAAAUGUGUGCUCUAGUCAUAUACUUAGAACACUCAUAACAAGCCUCAAUGCGCCUUGUAGUCUAGUGACAGAUAACAUCAUGUAAGUAUAAAUUUGUAUUAAAUUUCGUUGCAUAAUUUUCUUCAACAAUCCGUUGAUAAAUGGAAGUUGGCGAUUAAGCUCUAAUAUAUUAUCAUAGUUGUAUCGUUUAGUUCCACAAUUCGGAUGAACCACAAAACUUAAAAGCAUUCUAAAAAAUAUGGAACAACAUAAAGAAAUGAUGUAAAGUAAUAUGCAUAUUAAUUUUUUUAAUAUUUUUUCAUGAGGGAAUGUAGUUUAUCGUGGUAAAAGCAUAGAUAACAUCCACGAUCUUGUCAAUCAUAUUUUUCUCCCACAUAUAAAUGAAUCAUAUUAGAUACAUAUACAUAAUUACAUUCAAUACAUUACGACAUCUAGAAAUUUAUAUCUUCCCGAGUAAAAAGAUUCUGUCAUAUCAUCUUUGAGUACUUUUAGAUAAACUUUAUAAUAUUUUUAUGUCUGCGAAGAGAUUGUUUUUAUAUUUUAAAAUGUUCUAUUAACGUUAUGAUAUAACUUAUGUUAUAUUAAGAAAUUGUAAUCAAAAUGACCCGAAAAAAAUUGUAAUGUACCCUUAUAACAAACCAUAUCUGAUUUGGAUGAAACUUGGCUUACUUUUGACAGCUUUCGUAUAUUUGCUUAUGAUAUCGCAUGCGUAUUAUCCAAAAUGUUAAGAAAUUAUACUUAAAAUGUAUAACUAUCGAAUUAUUUAUCGUACGAUAAUACCAUAAUCAAUAGUAAUAUAAAAUCUAUCGUAUUUCAAGUUUCAUCCUCUAAAAAUAUCCAAUAUGAGUGCUUUGCUUGAAAUUAUAAAUUCUAUGCUGAUUGUGCACUCUAAGAAAACUUACACGUAAUAAGAAUCUGAAAUGUCCCUAAACAGCCUGGUGGGAAGUUAUUGAAGAACUUUAUAUCAGUCUCAUUUUCUUGUGCAUAAUGUAAAGUUUUUAAUGGAUCCUCGGCUUUUAAGCAGGCUUUUAAGCUUUUGCGAUCGUAAGAGAGUAUUUAAAUUAUUUUGUUGAAUAUUAUUAGCCCGCACGGGUUUAAUUAUUAUGAAAAUUAUAUUUUAUUUAUGAAGAAAGAUGCUUUCAUUGAAUGACGUCUCGUGAGAUAAUAUCCUUCCAGGUUUUUUACGGACGAUCUGCAUAAUAUAAGAAAAACUACGAGAGACACGUGUUGUGAAUUUAAUGUGCAUAAUUAUUACACGAUGUACGUUUACAUCGUCCCCUAUUCUAUAGCUAUUAGAGAACAUAGGAUAUUUUCUAUCUACGCCCUGUCGCGUGAGACGUAGAUGGGACGAAUCUAGCCGUAGCUAUAACGUUUUCGUGAGUCUCCCUGCCCGGAAAAAACAGCUGUUAAGAUAUCGCGUCUUCGCUGUUCAAUAACGAAUCGGAACCAUCGCUCCAUGCGUUGUCGCAAUUUGCGUUAAAAUUCUGAGAAUACAAUUAAACGAGAACCGAACAAAAUUCAUGGAAUUCGUUAUUGAACUAUAAAACCGUAGUUUGACGUCGCACACAUUUAAAGAUUUUUUUUUUUAAUAUUUGGAAAAUGUCGCUUUGAUGAAUUACCCAAUAUCGUUCCAACGAACGAUUCGAGUCUACGCAAAUCACGAAACUAUGCCACAGUCACGUCUUACGAAUAGUAGAAAGUAAUUCGCGGAUAUAUCUUCCGACGUAAGCGUGCGAAAUAAAAUCACGCGAACAUUCCGAUUUUUAUGCGCAUUCUUUCCUCCGGCUUUGGUAGAAAACGUGCAUGUAUUUUGCGUGUGUGCACGGAAUAGAGGGCUCGUACACGAGAAUAUAUACGGUAGCGUAAUUCUCCUACAUACAUAUUUUUACCUAAAAAAAAAAGUACGUAUCGUAAUCAAUCUACUCGUAAUAUAGAUUUAAACCACUGUACGUAUAUCCUGCGAGCUACGAACAAUCGAGAAAUGUGUAUGGGAGCGAUUCACACGCAUCUUUUUGCGUAACUGCGAGAUGGAAUGACGUAAAGCACGCCCGAUUAUAUUGUCUAUAUAAUGCAAUGCGUGCGUAAGAGAAAUCAAAAAUAUUGAUGCGUGCGGGAGGAUUUGAGUGUUCGACAAUCCUAGGUGACGGAAAUCAUGUAUUGUACACGUUUAGAAAUCAUAUAUUCCAUUUAACUCCUCACACCGAAUAUCUCCCGAUUCUACAGGUCCGUUCUUUGUAACCGCGUCACGUUACACUUUCUGAAUUUAGAAUAAAAGAAAAAUGUAUAAUGUAUAAUUGCGCGCGUUGGGCAGCGAUAGAUGGAAAGUGUAGAGAACUCGACUACAAGGAGCAGCCUUUUAGGUAUUCUCUCCAGAGAGAAUUCGAGGAUAUCGCCUAAUUUUAAGGUUCAAAACGAAUCGGAUCUCGAGAGAUGCUGCGUUUAAUUCCGAUAUACUCGCGCAUUCCAACGGAAGAGAAACAAAUCUCAACUAUGUUAAGCACGAGGAAUUUUAAAGAAUUUUAGUUAUGAGAUAGAGAAGAGCAUAUGCUAUUGCACGACGCUGAAGAAAUAUCAAGAGCUAAACGAUUGCGAGCGAUAGAGUCUCAAUUGCUAGAGCUCUCGUGUAAUGAUUGCGAUAAAUAAAUUAGAUGAAGGUUCGGAUA